CAUACUCUUGGAGGGUUCCGAGGAUCGCCCAUAGGUACCCGUUGUCAUCGAGAGCCUCCUGACCGUUGUUACUUGGCGUACAACGUCUGACUUUACAAUCUGGUGGAGGAGUAUAUAUCUGCUGAAGAUUCCCUUCAAUGUUUUCCUUUCCCACAGCUCUCACUGGACACUCCCUUAACCCUAAUAAACGACAUUCAUUUAAUAUAUUAAUUCUACUUGUACAUUUUAACCGAUAAAAUGCAAUUUCCAACCCUUAUCGCCAUCGCCGCUUUGGCAACCACGUACGUACAGUUCAUUCAUCCCAUCUCUUCAUCGAAGGGAAAAGACAACUAACACCACUUUGUAGCGUCAUCGCCGCGCCUGUUGACAACGUCGAAAAGAGAUUCCCCCCUAAAUCCAAGUGCACCUCCGUACACCCACAAGGCACCGCACCACCGGCAAUCUACCCAGCAAAGAUGGGAUUGCCAGGAGCCUUCCCUCCACAACCAACCGGUGCAUCCCCCAACUUCCCUCCACACCCAGCUGGGGCAUUCCCUGGCUUUCCUCAAAAGCCAACCGGAGACUGGCCAGCAAAGCCAACCGGCGCGUUCCCUGACUUCCCUCAAAAACCACCCGGAGAGUGGCCAGCAAAGGCUCCAGGAGCUCAGUGGUGUGAGAGGUCCCUCCAUCAUGACACAUGAAUCUGAAUACGAAUAUGAGAGCUAAUACCAUCAUUUCUUAUAGAUGACCCAACCAAAGCACCACAAGGUCCACCACAAGGUCCACCACAAGGUCCACCACCCGCCUGGCUAUGGGGAAACGCACCAAAGCCAAACUUCGGGGGACCAAUCGCUUGAUUGCCACUCAGCAUACCUCUUGCC